UUCCAAUAAUAUAAACUAAAGGACAAGUAGUUUUUUUAUUAUUAUUAUUUUUUUAAACUAAAGUAAAAUAGACAAAGACUUUAUGGACCUUCAGGUAAUUCUGGCAAUUAGAAAAAAAACAGAAUAUUCUUCAACUAAAAGUACUAUUAUUCUUAAUUUAGAACAGUUGAGUUUGGUUGAAGUCAAUAAUCUAAAAUUAUUUAGCUUUCCCAUAUAUAUAUAUAUUUGUAAAGUAAUGGUUUUCUAUCCAAAACGGGGUUGUGAAUUGACCAAUUGCAAAAUAUUAAGUUGGUUUUUCCAACAAACUUUUUUUUUAAGUUUUUCUAAUAAAAAAGGCAGCUUUUAGUUUCCAAAAGAGUUGUCAAAAAGUGAUGAAUACAUUUGAAGCAAGUAGGAAUUUGUUCCCAACCACUACAGCAUCCUUUUGUGUCCCUUAAUGUGAGGUGUUACAAUAACUUCUUCCAUGAAUUCCGGAAAGAGACUCUUUGAGAGUGUAUUUCUGGUGAAGGCAUCUGUCUGGUGGGACUCUUUCAUGGUAAAUCACUGUCCACUCAGGUGACAACUAAGGCUAAAAUAGUAGCACUUCUGAGCGUCUACAGUUACACCAGACAAGUCCAAUACUUCCUCCCUCUCCCCAGUUCGGUUGGUCACCUAUUGUGCUCAACAAAAGAACUUGACACUUUGAAUUGGACUCUGUGAUGGAUCGCCUUUGAGGUCAGAAGCCUUUACUGGUAUACUGGUUUCAUCCCUGUUCAACCAAGCUUCCAAUGAAUAGAUCGAGUGAGUGUGUGAAGACUAAAGGAAUAGGUGGGAAAAGCUUUUGUGAGAAAGUUGUUUUCUGAGACUUCUAUUCACUUUCAUUAAUUGUUGAGUGUUCAUUAUUUGUGCAUCCAGAAUUGGGUUUUAUAUAUGAAUUGAAAAACUAAAAUCAGGUGAUGUGUCAUUUAUUUUAGCUGCUUAAACAUGAAGGACCUCAACUGCCAAAUUCUGCAGAAUCCUGGUGCAGAAUUCCCAGAAUGAAAGUGCAGUCGAUAUUUUCUUAUCUCAUCCGGUUUGUGCGUCAUGAGGGAUGUCUUUCCCAUAGAGAGGAAAACAGUGAUUAUCAGCCUGAUUGUAAUUGUAAGUUAUAAAGUUAGGUCAUAUGAAACAUGAUCUUUUGCUUUUGAGCGCAUUUCCUUUAGAAAUAAAUUCCUUAACUUGAUAAUGUGGAAAUGUUCCACUUUACUUAUAAUAGGCCUCUUAAAACUUGCUUCUUUUUCCCCCUCUGCGUCUCAGACCGCCUCGCAGUAAAAAAAAGGGUCAAGUGCUCAGUUAAAAUACACAGUGUAUAAUUUUAUAGCUCUUUCCCAAAGGAGCUCCUGGUGCCGGUGUGGAGACGACAAUGCGGGAGCAGCAGUGCCGCGCACAGAUUAGUUUCACUCUUUGUCAGUCGUGAAUAGGGGCGGAGGAAGCAAACUCAUUAGGAUCCUAUUAAAAAAAAAAAAAAAGUAUCUGAGAUCAUAAAGCUGCCGGCUGGAAGACGGAGAGCUCACUCACAGCCAGACGGAGACACAGUGGAGACCUCCUAAAGGUGGUUUUGCCCCCUCCUUUCUCUUUUGACUCUUCAUCACUCCCCUUUUCACUGAAUCUGUCCAUUCUUUUGAACACCCGAUCAGCAAUAUACAUUUUUUGCCUCACUAUCCUUGUCCCUGUUGCGCUCUUGGCACCCGUGACGCAUGGACAGAGCGCACGCGCCUUAAUGAAAGAGAUUUUUUUGACGCAAGAUUUAAGUUUUUAGCCUCCUUUUCCCCAUUAUAUCGAGGAUGAUUGCCACUACUUGGAAUAGAUGCUGCGUUUUGGUGCUUCUCAUCGUCUCCGUGAGGACAGACGCAUCAGAGGGACGCCCGAAAGAGAACUCCAUCAAGCCUGGUCUCAUGGAGGAGAAGCCCACAGCGCCCACGAACCGCUCUGCUGCUGUCACCAAGAAGCGCAACUUCAUCCCGCAGCAAGUGUAUCCAUGCAGCAAUGACAAGGAAUGCAGUGUGGGCAGCUACUGCCACAGCCCUCAACAGAGUCCUUCCCGCUGCCUCUCCUGUCGCCGGAAGAAGAAAAGAUGCAACCGAGAUUCCAUGUGCUGCCCUGGAAACCGCUGCAGUAACUAUAUUUGCGUCCCGGUGUCGGAGAGCGUGCUGUCGCCUCACAUCCCGGCGUUGGACGAGCACAGCAAACACUCCACAAAAUACCACAGCUGGAGGAAGAAAGGGAAAGGACAGACGAAACAUUCUCUGAAAGGUCACGAGGGCGACCCUUGCCUGCGCUCGUCCGAUUGCUCUGAGGGCUACUGCUGCGCUCGCCAUUUCUGGACCAAAAUCUGCAAACCAGUGCUGAGGCAGGGAGAGGUGUGCACCAAGCAGAGGAAAAAAGGCUCUCACGGCUUGGAAAUCUUCCAGCGCUGUGACUGCGCCAAGGGCCUCUCCUGCAAGGUGUGGAAAGACGCCACCUCCUUAUCCAAGUCCAGACUCCACAUGUGCCAGAAGAUCUGAAGCUGGAGCAGCAGCUGUCAGUGAUGAGGCCUC